UCCGAACGCAGCCUAGCUGUAGCUAUCGGCAACUACCCUCACUCUUCCUCCACUACGCGCUACGCGUUGAUAGCACGAGCCAGAUUGUGGCUGAUCUUUGUUACAAAUAGUUACAAACAAUAGUUGUAGUCACACUUAGGAUGCUUGAAAAGCAUAAUCUGUUUGCUCGCAGGUUCAUAAACACACCUUUACAAAUAUAUCUCAAAAAUGGCUGAAUGCAUUGAACACUACAGGUUUCCACCAAAUAAUUAUCAGUAUGAGGCUGCCCGUUUGAAAAGUUUCCAUAACUGGCCAUAUUCAUGGAAGAAGUCCGAGGAAUUCGCAGCGGCUGGAUUUUUUUAUACUGGUGAAAGCGACAUAGUGAAAUGUUUCGAGUGUGGUGAAGAACUAUGGAAAUGGAAAGUGGAAGACGAUCCAAUGGUUGAUCAUCAACGAUACAAUAGAAACUGUUGGUUUCUUCGUAAUAUUUCAUGUGGCAAUGUGCCAAUUAGUAUGGAUCCUAGCGCAAAUCCAUCUGUGCCGGAAGACAUGGAUGAAUGUGGAAUUUACAAUUGGACAAACGUGCCUAAAUCCAUUCCCAACUGUGGAGAUCAAAUGAAUUAUAGAUUGAAAGAGCUUACAUCGAAACCGAAAUAUCCAGAAUAUGUCAAUUAUGCUGCCAGAUUAGCAUCGUAUGAUAAAUGGCCCAAAGCAAUGUCACAAACUAAAGAAGAACUGGCAACUGCUGGUUACUAUUACUCAGGAAAUGGCGAUGAAACAUUGUGCUAUUACUGCGGUGGAGGAUUAAUGGAUUGGGACACAUGGGAUGAUCCUUGGGUAGAACAUGCCAAGUGGUACAAAAAUUGUCCUUAUUUGCUUGUAACUAAAGGACUAGAGUUUGUAAACAACAUUACCAGGAAAACAUAUACUGAAAAAGAAACCAUGCCAUCUACAGUUAAUGAAUUAGAUAAGAGAUUGGAAGAAGAUGGUAGUGAGAGUAUUGCUAGUGAAAGCACUCAAAACUCACUUAGUUUUGAAGAAACUAAUAAUGCAGAAACAAGUAUCGUAUCAGGCAAGGCCAGCACGGAGGAACAGUCCAUCCAAAUACAGAGUGAUAAACCAUGCAACAAGGAUGCAACAUUAUGCAAAAUUUGCUUUAAUAGAGAAUUACAGAUCGCAUUUAUACCAUGCGGACAUUUAUUGGCGUGUGUAGAAUGUGCCAGUAAUAUGAAAAUAUGCGGUAUAUGUCGUAAGGAUAUUGAAAUUACUAUUCAAGUGUAUUUCACAUAGGGAAUGUUUUAUCUUUGUAACAAGUUCCGUCUGAAUUUUACUGCAGAAUCUUUUAUUUAGCAUUAUAAAAAUUGAUACUUUAAAAUAAAACUAAAUAACACAAUUCAUAUAGCAUACAGAUCAACAGGUACAAUAACAGCAACUGUAUCACAUAAAA